GUCAAGCAUAUUAUUGUACUUCUCACAGUGUGACAUACACUGAAAUCCAGUACAUCAUUUUCCACGUGUGUAUUGGUGUGGAUAGCAGUGAUUGCUACAAUAUUUAGGUCCUCAUUGUAAUGCUUAUUCUACUAAUCACUUUUAUAAAGGCACUGUGGAAACUCCAACAUUUGUGUUCACGUGAGUUAUCUGAGUUAAUUUAUUAACAUACGGCAUCCGAGAACAGUUACUUGGUACUCAUGCAAGUUAACUUGCCAUUUAACGUUAUUAUGUUGUCAUUAUUUUGAAAGAUUGCUUCUAUUUCAGGCUAACCACAGACAUGCAGCUUCACGUCUCCCUGACACUGGUUUAUUUCCCAUUAGUUUACCCUGCGUCCCAUAGAUGCAUAUUACCUUCAACCUCCGACUCCCCAUUGCAUGCGAACAUGUCAAUACGGAACUUUUGUUGGCAUUGGCGGGAGGCUUUUGGAACACUUCUGUUGCUAUC